AUGUAUCAAACAAAGGUUCUUCUUCAAUCCAGGCUGACGGCACGAGCUGCCUCUUCUGACUUUCGUCGUGCACUUUCGAGCUCGUCAGCCGUCCAGUCCUGUUGUUCCGGGAAGAAAUCAGGUUCUAUGAAGCCCAUUUCACCAAGCGUUAGCAACAAACUGGCAACUGCAGGUUCUAAGCCAAUCCGAUCAUCCUGGAAGUUGAAUUUUUGGACCCAUAGGCCAGCGUGGAAGCGCGCAGGUCUCAAUACGCUGCGCUGUCUCGUGGGCUGCUCUGUCGGUGACUUCUCUGCUCUAUGGAUGCUUCAGUCCUAUUGCCCGGAACUCGGCAUGGGAAGCAUCAUGAUGGCCUCUAUGGCAAGCGGCAUCACGACGUCGAUCAUACUUGAGACUAUUCUCCUUCGGCGCGGAGCCGACCAGCUCUCGUGGCCCAUGGCAGCACGCACCGCGAUGGGUAUGAGUAUGGUUUCCAUGGUGGCGAUGGAAUUGGCCGAGAAUAUGGUGGACUAUCAUUUGACGGGGGGUCAGGUCAACUUCGAGGACCCGCAAUUUUGGAUAGCGGCGGGUUUAUCGAUUGGUGCCGGGUUCCUUGCCCCGUUGCCAUACAACUAUUUGCGUCUGCGAAAGUAUGGACGGGCGUGUCAUUGA